CGCCAGAAGGGUUUGGUUGAGCCGCUGUUUGUGCGCUUAGGGGGCCGCGACGGGAGGGCCGGGCCGGGCGCCGAGGACAGCCGAGUGGAUCAAAGGCCAGCACCCUGCACCCAGCUCCGCACGGACGCCUCGGUGCCUUCCCGGCUCUCUGGUUAACAGGGCGCUCGGCGCCAGCAGCACCCAGGCCAUGACCAGCCGAGGAGCCGCCAGGCCAAACGGGCAGUCCCAAGCCAGUAAAAUCUGUCAGUUCAAGCUGGUGCUGCUGGGUGAGUCGGCGGUGGGGAAAUCCAGCCUGGUGCUGCGCUUCGUCAAGGGCCAGUUCCACGAGUACCAGGAGAGCACCAUCGGCGCGGCGUUUCUUACACAGUCCGUCUGCCUGGAUGACACAACGGUAAAGUUUGAGAUCUGGGAUACAGCCGGCCAGGAGAGAUACCACAGUCUGGCCCCGAUGUACUACCGGGGGGCACAAGCUGCCAUCGUGGUCUAUGAUAUCACCAACCAGGAAACAUUUGCACGGGCAAAGACAUGGGUGAAGGAGCUGCAGAGACAAGCCAGCCCCAGCAUCGUGAUCGCCCUCGCAGGCAACAAGGCUGACCUGGCCAGCAAACGCAUGGUGGAAUAUGAAGAAGCGCAGGCCUAUGCAGAUGACAACAGCCUAUUGUUCAUGGAGACGUCGGCCAAGACGGCAAUGAAUGUGAAUGACCUCUUCUUGGCCAUUGCCAAGAAGCUGCCAAAGAGUGAGCCCCAGAGCACGAGCGGAGCGGCGGGCAGGAGCAGAGGCGUGGACCUGCACGAGCAGAGCCAGCAGAACAAGAGCCAGUGUUGUAGCAACUAAAGGGCAGCCUCCGCCAGCGCCCGCGCGAGAGGAAGAGCUAAGAUAUAACCUCCAUCCCCGUCCACCACACCUCACCUCCAUAACGGCACACUGAGAAACCCGUCUGAACCAAAACCCUCCCGAGAGCUCCCUCUAACUGCACUUUUUAAUGCUUCAAGACCACCACCAGACACCCGUUACCACCAUCCCGAAGGCAGUGGAACUAGAUCAGCCGGGGACUUAACUUCCAAAAAAACAAACUCUUCUUCACUUUGUAUUAUAGGUGCAAAUAGCGACCUAAUAUUCUGAUUUCUCCCUCCAUCUUCCUCCCUCUCCCACCUCCCUCUCUGCUUUGGUAAAUCUGGGUUCCUGUUAACAUCUCUCCUUCCACCCUCCCCAUAGAGCUGGGGUGGGGAGAGACCCGAGGAGGUGGCAGCAUCGGCCUCAGAGGUUCACGUUGUGGCGAACCAGCUGGAACCAGAGACCUCCAGAAAGCACGGGAUUUUUCCGAGGGGGUCUGUCAUGGAUUUCUUCUUAAUUCCGCCCCCCCCCCCCCCUUUUUUCUUUUU